GAUCUUCUCUCCUUCUCGCAGGAUGAUUUCGCACAUUGGACCGAGUAGGAAGAACUUUCUGGAAUAAAAGUGAUUCUGCUGUGACGGGUGACGGAAAACCACUAGUCCUCCUCCCUCCUCCACUGGCGAUCUUUGCUGACUCAUGACAGAACAAAGGAAGUGGAAACGUGACUGUUGUCGUCUGACUCACUGCCGCCGGCAGCCAUGUUGGAUCAUGGUUAACCUUCGAUUGGGAAGCGAUAUCGCACAGCCUCCUGCGUUCUCUCACAUCUAGAAUUAUCUUUGCAAAAGGGAUGUGAAAAGCCAAAGGCCUUAAUAUAAUUGAGCUCUAGAUAUUUAUUGCUAGGCAUAUCGUUAGGAGUGUUAUCUUCUGCCACUUUGCGGUGGUCCUCUGAAAGUCGCUCUACCAGCCUCCGGUGCACUCAUCUGAUUCGGUCGCUUUGAGAGAAAACAGAUAAAAAAGACCUCAGCUCAUUGGGAUCUGCGCCCCCAUUCCUACAAAAAUGGGCGUCCUUGUCGCAAGAUUCCUCCGUGUGCGUCAAGUGACCGACUCCCAAUGGAAUAAAACGCUAUUUUUCUGAAGUAUCACCAGACCCUUCAGGAGAUGCAGAGAUGACCAUCAUCUUUCACUGAAAACAACAACAACAACAACAACAACAAAAUCCCCGACAAGUUCAGGGGUCGAGCACCCAGGAUGUAUUGCCCCAGGAAGAAGCGUCCGACGCGUGACGAGGACUUCUCGGCCAUGGUGGUGCCCUCGGUGCGCGGGCUUGGUUACCUUGACUACAACAUAGAGAGCCACGCCUCCCGCUCGCUGAGCGCCAUGGACGAGUUCCGGCGCCACGACCUGCUCUGCGACCUGGUGCUCCACGUCACGCAGAAGGACCGCACCGUGGACUUCAAGGUGCACAAGCUGGUGCUGGCCUCCGCUAGCCCGUACUUCAGAGCCAUGUUCAGCAGCAGCUUCAAGGAGGGCCGCGCAUCCGAGGUCACGCUGCGCGACGCCUGCCCCCUGGUGGUGGGGAAGCUCAUCGACUUUGCCUACACCGCCCGCAUCACCGUGGGGGAGAACUGCGUGCUGCAUGUUCUGCUGGGUGCGAUGAGGUACCAGAUGGAGGACGUGGCGAAGGCGUGCUGCGACUUCCUGGUGAAGCACCUGGAGCCAGCCAACGUCAUCGGCAUCGCACGCUUCGCUGAGGGCCUCGGCUGCACUGAGCUGCAGCGCCACAGCCGGGAGUACAUCAACACACACUUCAACGAGGUCACCAAAGUGGAGGAGUUCUUCAGCCUGACCCACUGCCAGCUUCUGGAGCUCAUCAGUCAGGACAGCAUCAAGGUUCUCUGUGAGUCUGAGGUGUACCAGGCCUGUACCAACUGGGUUCGCUGGGACAUCGCCGGCCGAGCCCAGUACCUCCACGCCCUCCUCAACGCCGUCCGCAUCUACGCCCUGCCGCCCAAGUUCCUGAAGAACCAGCUGCAGUCCUGCCCCAUCCUCAGCAAGGACAACUGCUGCAAGGACUUCCUGUCCAAGAUCUUCCAGGAAAUGGCGUUGAAGAAGCCCCUCCCCCCGGCUCCUCUCCGCGGCAACCAGCUGAUUUACGUGGCCGGGGGGUACCACCACCGCUCUCUGCCCACCAUGGAGGCCUUCGACCCGGGGAGGAACGUGUGGCUGAAGCUGGCCAACAUGGAGGCGCCAUGCAGCGGCCUGGGGGCCUGCGUGGUGUUCGGCCUGUUCUACACCGUGGGUGGCCGGAACCUGUCCGUCCAGGCGAACACUGAGUCCGGGGCGCUGUGCUGCUACAACCCCAUGACCAACCGCUGGACCUCACUGGCCUCCCUCAACGCCCCGCGCAACCGCGUGGGCGUGGGCGUGGUCGACGGCGCCAUCUAUGCCGUGGGCGGCUCCCAGGGCUCCGCCCACCACGCCACCGUUGAGCGGUGGGAUCCAGACACCAACAGGUGGUCCCUGGUCUGCCCCAUGGCGGUGGCCCGUCUGGGGGCGGGUGUGGCCUCCUGCGGGGGGGCUCUGUACGUGGUGGGGGGCUACGACGGGCUGGUCCGCUGGGACUCGGCCGAGCGCUACCAGCCCGACACCAACACCUGGCACCCACUGGCCCCCAUGGGGACCGUGCGCAGCGGACUGGGUCUGGUGUGUCUGGACGCGUACCUGUACGCGAUGGGCGGGUUCGACGGGCGCAGCCAGCUGUGCUCCGUGGAGCGCUACAGCAUCGCCCACGACCGCUGGGAGCCACAGGAGCCCAUGAGCCAGUGCAGGAGCGCGCACGCCGUCACCGUCCACCAGGGGCGCAUCUUCGUCCUGGGGGGGUUCAACCAGACUGGUUUCCUGUCCAGUGUGGAGGUCUUCUGCCCGGACACCAACACGUGGACCGGUCUGUCCGACAUGCCCUUCGGACGCAGCGGCAUGGGCAUCGCCGUAACCAUGGAGCCCUGCCCCGGCAACCUGCCCGAGGAGGAGGAGGAAGAGGAG